AUGAAGGCGAAGCUCCAGGCGGGGCAAGCCGAGGGGCCAGGCAAGGCAAGAGGACAGGCGAGACAACGCGAGGCGAGGCAAGGCUCCAGGCGAGAAACACAUGGAAUCACUUGCAAACGUCAAGCAAAAGUUAAUUUGCCGGAUUUAUCCAAGAAUGGGGAUAUCAUUCUCGGAGGAAUAUUCACCAUGCAUUUAGAUCUAAUUCAAGACCUCAAUUCGUUUACCUUUUCCCCGAAAAGCACCAAGUGCAAAAGUUUUGGGUUUGCAAGCUUCCGACUGGCUCAAACGAUGAUUUUUGCCAUUGAAGAAAUAAACCAGAAUGAGAAUCUACUGCCGGGCAUCACACUCGGUUAUCAGAUUCACGAUGAUUGCGCGUCCUCCACGAUUGCCUCAAAAGCAGCACUCGCUUUGAUCAACGGAGAACAAGAAUCAAUUGAAUACCCCGAACGUACAGGUUCCUCUAACGUGGCUGCCAUUAUUGGCUGUGGUCCAUCUACGAAUUCUAUUGUAACUGCAAGGACAAUUGGGUCCUUCGGGAUCCCGAUGGUUAGUUACUACUCCACCUGCUCCUGUCUCAGCAAUAAGAAAGAAUACCCAACGUUUUUCAGAACUAUUCCCAGCGACCAGUAUCAGUCCAAAAUUCUCGCUGAACUAGUAAGAACCUUCGGCUGGACUUGGAUUGGAACAAUUAGAAGUAACACCGACUAUGGUAAUUUCGGAAUGCAAGGAUUUGUGGAACAUGCAGAGAAGUUUGGGAUCUGCAUUGCGUACUCUGAGUCAUUUUACAGAACCGAUCCGGCACAGAAAAUCAGUAAAGUAGUCCAGGUAAUUAAACAGGCAUCUACUAAAGUGGUAGUCGCCUUUGUUGACGAUGGUGACAUGCGAAUUUUAUUGAAAGAGAUGAUGCAUCAAAAUGUAACCGGUAUACAAUGGAUUGGAAGUGAGGCGUGGGUGACAAGAAAUUUUCUUCCGGCAGAAGAAAGAGCAAUUUAUCUCACUGGGACAAUUGGUCCGGCCACCCCAAGGAUAGAGAUAGAUGAUCUCAGAGAUUAUCUUCAGAAUGUCCAUCCUUCCAACUUUCCUGACAAUAUUAUGGUGACGGAGUUCUGGGAAACUCUGUUCACAUGCUCUUUUACCAGAGACAAUGGGACAAGCGCGGAAAGCUCUCCAGGUCAAAUUCGGCAAUGCACCGGGAAGGAACACGUGGAAGAGGUAGAAAAUGACUACUUUCCGGUGAUAAUGGAUGGGAGUUCAUACCAUGUAUAUUCAGCUGUCUACUCCAUCGCUCAUGCCCUCCACAAUCUGUUUACCUGUGUAGAAGGCAACGGACCCUUUAUGAAUAAUACAUGCGCGCAAAUUGCAAAUAUCGAUUCAUGGCAGUUGAUGCACUACCUCCGUACCGUGAACUUCACAGCUAAGACGGGCGAAACCGUAUACUUUGAUAAAAAUGGAGACCCAGUUCCAAGAUACGAAUUUGUGAACUUACAAGCGAAUUUCAAGGGCAGCGUUGACAUUGUGAGCGUCGGAUAUUACGAUGGCUCGGCUACGCCAGGGCGCGAACUAAUGAUGAACUUUGGAGAUAUCGUGUGGAGUACGACCGGGAAUAAGAUCCCACGGGCAAUUUGCUCAGAGCCCUGUCUUCCUGGAACACGAAAAGUCAGCCGGAAAGGGCAGCCAGUAUGUUGUUUUGACUGUGCUGAGUGCGCCGAUGGUGAGAUCAGUAAUGUCACCGAUUCCAUUGAUUGUAUCAAGUGCCCCUCGAAGUACUGGUCCAAUCGGGCAAAAACAAAAUGUGUUCUCAAGAAGGUUGAGUUUCUUUCCUUUAGAGAACUUCUGGGAUUUGUACUAGUCACACUUGUUCUAAUGGGUGUGGGAUUUACAUUGGCCAUCGCUGCUAUUUUCUACCAGUAUCGGGAAACCCCAGUAGUCAAAGCGAACAACUCUGAACUCAGUUUUUUGCUCCUUUUUGCUCUCCUCCUUUGCUUUAUUGUAUCGCUUGCCUUCAUUGGAGAACCUUCCGGUUGGUCAUGCAUGCUGCGCCGCACAGCUUUCGGAGUUGUGUCCGUGCUUUGCAUUUCCUGCAUUUUGGGCAAAACCAUACUUGUCGUGGUUGCAUUUACAGCAACAUUUCCCAAUAGCAGUGUGAUGAAGUGGGUCGGACCAACGCAGCAACGUCUAGGUGUCUUAGGUCUUACCUUUUUGCAAGGUUUAGUGUGCGUUGUCUGGGUAAGUGUGUCACCUCCCUACCCACUGGAAAACAUGAGUCAUUAUAGAGACAUCAUUAUUCUGGAAUGUAACGUGGGCUCAUUGACCGCAUUUUACUUAGUGUCAGCCUAUAUUGCGUUGUUGUCCAUCGUGUGCUUAUUGCUUGCAUUCCUUGCCCGGAAUCUACCGGACAAUUUUAACGAUACCAAGUACAUCACCUUUAGCAUGCUGAUCUUUUGCGCUGUUUGGAUAACUUUUAUUCCAGCUUACGUGAGCUCUCCAGGAAAGUACACCGCUGCCGUAGAGGUGUUCGCUAUCUGGGCAUCGAGCUUCGGUCUGCUCCUGUGCAUUUUUGCACCGAAAUGUUACAUUAUCUUACUGAAACCGGAAAAGAAUACAAAGAAAAAUAUGAUGGAUAAAGUGACUUCAUUGUAA